AUACCAUGAACCAAAUCCUUAAGGUUUGUGAUAAAAGUGACAUUUUUUAUUGAGUUUUCUCAUCUUUUACUAUGACAAUAAGAACAAAGUAUCUAUAAGUACUUUCUUAUUCUGUUUUAUUGGAUGCAAUGAGAUUUGAUAGUGUUACCUGACUUUUUGGUUUGAAAUAGAUUGAAUGAGGGUUCGGAGAACGCUGACAAAUGUGAAAACACUUGGCUUCCGACUAAUAAAUCACGGUUUCGAACCCCACUCUGGCUUCCGUGGUUUAAACAAUAUGUUAGUAUUGCUAACUCUCACACACCAAGUGUAGCUCAAAGCCAUGUACACAAGCAUGUACUUGGUGAAUGAGGAAUGAACAAGUUGGAGUUCGAACCUAUGGCUUAGUGAUAAAUAUUCAGUUGUCUAAACCGCAAGUGGUACUCUAUAGCUAAACAAUUUCUGUUAGUAUUCAAGGGCUUUUUGGCUUCCAAAGUUUUCGUUGCUCUUUAGCUUAAUUUGAUUUUGAUAAGGACAUUUCAGAAAGACGAUCAUUUUCUUUUGUAUUCCAAAGUUUUGAUCAUUUUUGUUGAUUUUUUCUUAGUCGAUCUGAUGAGUGUUUAAGUUUGUUUAGAAUUUUAUGUGUCACGUAUGUUUGGAGUAGGGAGUAGGGUAGUAUACUUAUUACAAACUCAGAUUUUCAGUCGCAGAUUUACUUAAUUAUUAUGCUAUGGUCCUUCACUAUAGGUGUUCGGUUCUCAAUCAGUGAUUUGAAUCCUUCGCUUAUUGAGGCUUAGAAACCUGGGUAAUUUCAUCAGUCUGCUUCCAAUGGAUACACGGACACAUAUGUCGUCAUUAUUUUGCAUCCCAUUUAUUAUUUAUCCGUGACUUAAGUUUUAGAAGAUGUGAGCACGAAGAAGGAUUAUAAAAACACUGUAAAUGAAAGGAACAUAUAAGAUAGUACGAAUAGUAAGUGGGGAAAACUAAUCACUAAUAUAUUUAAAUUGUUUAUCAGGUACAGAUCAGUUUCCUCGGCUUUGACUCUCACUCUGUGUAAAAGCUAGUGAUACUACAUAGUUGCCAAAUAGAAGUAAUUGGAGCAAGGUUAGGACUUGAGACUUAGUGUUUGAAUGUUAGACGCUUUAACCACUAAGAGGCCUCUCCAAACUAUAGCUAAAUCUGCUUCACUAUCAUCAGUGGCUUUGCUUCUAAUGAAUUCGAUAACAUCGCUUAUAUUGUUGCAUAAAUUACGAUCACUGCUACACAGAAAAUCAUUCAGAUAUUUAUAAUCAGACAAUCAGUUUUCAUUGGUGUUUACUAGGGUAUUGAACUAAAAAAAUGUUAUUGAUAGUUUUGACGGAAGUUCGAAGAAAAUGAUUUCAAUCCUAAUCUCUUCCUCACGAAUCGUAAACACCUUCGUAAUGAAUUGUUAGAAACACCAUUAGAUCGACAUUGUAUGCCAGAUGUGGAACAUGCAGUUGAUGAGGCGAAACGAGCUAGUGGACGUUUAUUCCUUAGUGUAAAAUUUGAGUUUUCACGAAGCUAUCCAUCUGUGUAUAUGCCUGUAAUAUUUCAGCGUCCAUUUCUACCUGAACAGUCAGAAUUACGAGCUGAUCGAUGGAAUCCAGUAGAUGAAAAGUAUUUUAAAAUGACACGUAAUGCUCGUACAGCUGACGUGGAUCGUGCACGUAAACCUAAUAAAGACAUAUUAGAUAGAUUGAAACUUGUUCUUGAUUUACCACCAGGAUUAAAUAUAUCCGAAUCAGAUGGGGAUCUUAUCUGGAAGUAUCGAUUUUAUUUAGCUGACAAAUUCCCUGAAACUUCUUUAGCGAAAUUCAUUUUAUCUGUUCGUUGGGAAUAUACAGAACAAGUGAAUCAAGCUGUUGAAUUGUUAAAACAAUGGCCAAAAAUAGCGCCUGAACAUGUCCUAGAACUGUUCACUCGUCAAUUUCUUCAUCCUGCCGGUAGAAGAUUUGCUGUACAUCGUUUGGAAGCUGCCAGUGAUGAGGAACUUAUUUUAUACUUAUAUCAACUUGUACAAGCAUUACGCUAUGAAAAUUGGCAUGAUAUAUUUUCAGUCCAACCUAAAAGGAAUGAUCGAACUUCUAAACGUAAUGUUUCAGAUGUUACAAAAGAAGGUAAUUCUGAAGAGGUGAAAUCUACAAAUUUGACAUCAAAUCGUAAAAUGCCAUCAUCUUUUCGUACUGGACGAGGUGGUGCAUUGCAAAAUAUUGAACGCAGUCGUGAAGAAUUAAUUGGAUGGCAUUCUGAUUUAAAAAAAGAAUGGAAAGAAGAUUUAGCCAGUUUCCUUAUAAGACGUGCUCAAUUGAAUUUUCGUAUUGCAAAUUACUUGUAUUGGUUUUUACGAUUAGAAGCAAACAGUAAUGAUGGUGAAGAUGAUUUCUGCGAACGGGAUAGAGUAAAUCCACCUGAUACUCAAAAGAUGUAUAAACAUGUUUUGAAUAGACUUUUACAUGCUUUUGAUGCUGGUAGUCCCACUUGUCAAAAAUGGAACAUAGAACUAUUACAACAAACACAAUUCAUUCAAGAUUUAUGCCGGUUGCUAAAAUCAGUUACCAAUGAUUUGGGUAAUCGUUCACGCAAAAUUGAAUUGUUAAGAUCAAAGUUGGAUAGUGAAGAAUAUGCUCAUAUUAGGCAUAUUGAUAAACCAUUCCCGCUUCCUCUAAAUCCGGAUAUUAUUGUAUGCGGUGUACAGUCGUCUACAGCUACACUAUUCAAGAGUUUUCAACGACCUGCACUACUAACUUUUAUCCAACCGAAUGGCGACACUUAUCGAGCUAUUUUAAAACACGGUGAUGAUUUACGUCAGGAUCAAUUGGUUUUACAAAUGAUUGAGUUAAUGGAUGUGAUACUUCGCAAAGAAAAUUUCGACCUUCGAUUGACACCAUAUAAAGUUUUGGCAACAAGUAACCGUCAUGGUUUAGUUCAAUUUGUCGAAUCUAUUUCAUUGGCUGAUAUUCUUCAUCGUUCCACAUUACUAGCUUAUUUACAGUUAAAAGCUCCGAGUCCAAAUAGUCCUAUGGGUGUUCAAAAAGAUGUUAUGGAAACAUAUAUUCGUUCUUGUGCCGGUUAUUGUGUCAUCACUUAUCUUCUUGGAGUUGGUGAUCGUCAUAUGGAGAACUUACUGCUCACUGCUGAUGGUCAUUUAUUUCAUAUUGAUUUUAGUUUUAUUCUUGGCGCUGAUCCUAAACCAAUGGCACCUGAAGUAAGAUUAACUCGUGCAAUGAUUGAUGGUAUGGGUGGCCCAAAUUCAAAUCAAUUUAAUGAAUUUUGGAAAAUCACUUUUACAGCUUUUCUUAUUUUAAGACGGCACGCGAAUUUAUUUUUGACUCUAUUUUCCUUAAUGUCAAACACAGGAAUACAGAGUUUCAAUGGUCAACAAAAUAAUGCAUCUGAAUUUUUAAAAGAACAUUUCUGUGUACAUCAAUCAGAAGAGAAAGCUGUUAGUCGACUGGCUAAUCGUAUGACUGAAUCUAUCAAGGCUAUUGUACCUGAUAUUAUGGAACGAAUACACACUAUUGUACAAUAUAUGAGGAACUAAUCAAACCUUCCAAUAAUCUAAUUGUGAUACAGAUCUUCAGUAGCUUUUUUGUCAAACGUAUAUUUUCGUAACAAAAAAACAUCAUACAUUUUCACCAGGAUACUUUUGUUUACAAAAGGUUUCAGUCAAUAAUAAAACGUCACAGUAUUUCUUAUCAUUAUUUAAUAAUUUUUGUAACAAUGUAUGUACAUGAAUAAUAAUAAUAUUAACAAUAAUAAUAGAUUUGUCUUAUGUAAA